AUGAAUCAAAUGUCCCCCAGCGCGCUGCAUACGCGGGCGGAGAGCCCUCAGUACGCGAUGCAACGACAGCAAGCUCCGCAGUCGAACGGCACAAGACCUGCACGGAAACACAGACAUGGCUACAGCAAUGGAAGCAUGGAGGCGUCAGAGGAGGCCGACGCAGAGGCCGAGGAUAACCCCAGUGCAGCGAAUGGCUCGGUCAAGGGCGGGAAGACGGCCAAUGGACAGCCAGUCCGCCGCAGGAUUAGCAGAGCCUGCGACCAGUGCAAUCAGUUGCGGACCAAAUGCGAUGGACAACACCCGUGUGCGCACUGUGUGGAAUUCGGCCUGUCCUGCGAGUAUGCCCGCGAACGGAAGAAGAGAGGCAAAGCUUCGCGCAAAGACAUUGCUGCAGCACAAGCAGCUGCCGCCGCACAGGCUGACGCCAAGUACCACAGCCCCAACUCCGGCAAUGGAGACGGAGACUCUGCAGAUGCCGGCGCAGUCGAGCCGAAGCUGGAGGAGAAGAGCUUGAAGCGUAAGAGAUCGAGUCUUGACUUCUAUCCACCCUCGCUGCCACCACCGCGAUCGAAUAGCAUGACGAGUCAGCGUGCAAAUGGACAUCUCGCUGUGAAUCGCCCAGUUCUGGAACCAUCAGGCGGCAUCGUCACUGGCCACGGCAUGCACGACUCGCAUCACAUGUCCGGGAUUCAUCAGCGGCCGAUGCCUUUGGACCUUCACACUCCAGCUGCCAGUCUUCCUGCUCCUGGCGCCCCUGCAGCCCCUAUGCACUCACGGAACAUGUCCGUUGCUAUGGGUGAUUAUGGCAGCAUCGACGACUACCAUCGCAGUGUGCUGCAUCCCGGGGCGGGCGCGAACAUACUGCAUUCAGGACCCACGCCCAUGCCGCAGUCGAUGAUACAGGGAGGCACCGUCACCGGGUACGGCGACAGUCCGUAUGGGGACCCUUCGCCCAACAGUCAGAACGGCUUGGGCCCUCACGGCUAUCCUGGCAUGAACGGAUCGCCGUUGUCUGCAAGCUUCUUCCGCCAGUCGCCAGUCGCUGGGUCUCCUGGCUGGCUGUCAUUACCGUCGCCAUCAGCAGCGUUGUAUCCGCACUUGCAGAAUGCACCUUCGAACCAGACGCUGCGUUAUCCUGUCUUGCGGCCUCUGCUAUCCCACAUCUCUCCCAUUAUCCCGGCUGGCCUGGCUUGCGAUCUACUCGAGCUCUACUUCAGCAGCACCUCACAGGCUUUCAUGCAGCCACAAUCGCCUUACGUACUUGGUUACAUCUUCCGCAAAAGAUCGUUCUUGCGUCAGAACAACCCGCGAACAUGCAGUCCUGCUCUGCUCGCAAGUAUGCUUUGGAUUGCUGCACAGACCAGUGAGUCGGCAUUUCUGACUUCUGCGCCAUCGGCACGAGGGAAGAUCUGUCAGAAACUGCUGGAGCUCACUGUGGGCCUGCUCAAGCCACUCAUACACAAUCCACUCGACGGACGACAGCUAUACGGUGGCAACACAGUCAUCAAUGGCGUUGCACUUGGUGGCUUCGGUGUGGCAAUGCACGCACACGAUAUGGAAAGUGGAAACCCGGGUGCGAGCGGUGCGCUUGACGACGUGGCAACAUAUAUCCAUCUGGCAACCGUGGUAUCCGCCAGCGAGUAUAAAGCCGCCAGCCUGAGGUGGUGGAAUGCUGCUUGGUCGUUGGCAAGGGAGCUGAAGCUAGGAAGAGAACUUCCGCCCAAUCCGGAGCCGUCCGCGCCGGAUGGUCCAGAAGCAGAAGCUGAGGCGACAGGCGAAUCCAAUGGCAACCACUCGAAUGGGACAGGCCACGGUUCGCAAGCUGGACUGAUCUCAGAGGAGGAACGAGAGGAGCGCAGAAGGAUCUGGUGGCUGCUGUACAUCGUGGAUAGGCAUCUGGCACUGUGCUAUAAUCGCCCACUUUUCCUGUUGGAUGCAGAAUGCGAGGGUCUACUGCAGCCCGCGAAUGAGGCUGUAUGGCAAGCCGGCGAGUCCUACCCGGGCGAGAACCACGGAGAGUCGACAUUCUUCAGGCGACGUGGGCCUGGUUUCGAAUGUACAGGACACAGCUUGUUUGGAUACUUUCUGCCACUCAUGACGAUGCUCGGCGAAAUUGUGGACCUCAACCAAGCAAGAAACCAUCCAAGGUUCGGCUUGCGGUUCAAGAGCAGCUCCGACUGGGAUGAUCAAGCUGCAGAAAUCUCCAAACAGCUCGAAGCGUAUGGUCGGAGUCUGGAAGAAUUCGAGGCACGCAAUAUGCAGAAGCCAGAGUCGAAGCAAGCAUCCGAGAACGCUGGCAAUGGAGAUGGAACAGGAAUCGACGGUACGAGCCCACAAUCGGUCGGCACGACGAAUUCUGGACAGCAACGCAUCACCGAGACCGUUCUGCAGACAAGAAUUGUCGUCGCCUACGGUACGCAUCUCAUGCAUACCUUGCACAUUCUUCUCAACGGCAAAUGGGAUCCAAUAUCCCUGCUAGAUGACAAUGACCUGUGGAUCUCAUCGCAGUCAUUCAUCUCAGCAACGGGCCAUGCUGUCUCCGCUGCGGAGGCAAUCAACGACAUCCUCGACUACGACCCCGACAUAUCAUUCAUGCCCUUCUUCUUUGGAAUUUAUCUUCUUCAAGGAAGUUUCCUCCUCCUGCUCAUCGCCGACAAGCUUGGAGCAGAAGCCAGCCCCAGUGUCGUGAAAGCUUGCGAGAGCAUCGUGAGGGCACAUGAAGCUUGUGUCGUAACUCUCAACACAGAAUACCAGCGGAAUUUCCGCAAAGUCAUGAGAUCUGCUCUUAUGCAGGUUCGUGGCCGUGCUGUAGAGGAUUUUGGCGAGCAGCAGCUUCGUAGGCGAGAGGUCUUGUCUUUGUACAGAUGGACUGGCGACGGCACUGGUCUUGCUCUAUAG